CAUAUUUGACCGAGCAUGGCGAGAGAGAGUCAACAAAACAAAAGAGAAAAAAAUAUGAAGAGGCUGGAGUUGUUAAGAUACAGCGAGGAUUGAUUGAAGGUCAGCAUGUCAAACAAUCCACGGGAAUGGCCAGAGCAAAUUAAUACACGAGGAAAUUAAGCACUUGCAGCGUAAGAAAGAAGAAGAGAAAAAGUGAGUUAGUGUAGAGGAGGGAGGACGAGGAUGAAGGCUGCGAGGAAUCCUCCCAGGCUCGAGCCAAGGAGAAGUGGCAAUGCGCUCAUCAUUGCCACCAUGCUGAUUUCCCUGUGCAUCCUCACCCUCGUCAAGGCUCGCUACUGCUCCGCUCCGUAUGGAAAGUCGCAGAGAUUAGCAGAGGAUUUAGAGGCGUCGAGAGUAAUCGUAGAGAAGAGUGGGGAAGCUGCUCUAAUAGAGGAUGAAGAUGAAGAAUUAACCAUAGGAACAUCUGAAGAACACGCUGCAGAAAAAGCUGUGUUGAGCUCGAACAAGCCAAUCUGCUCCGAGACAAGCAGGAGAUCUGAUGUCUGCGAAGUAGAAGGGGAUGUGAGAUUGCAGAGCAGCUCGCAGACCAUCUUCCUGCCUCCUUCCUUGACAGAUCGAGAAUGGAAGACGAAGCCUUAUUGCAGAAAGCACGAUCCCCCGGCGAUGAGGAAGGUCAAAGAGUGGACUUUGAAGCCGUUCCCCGAAGGCGGGCCGCCGCCUCAGUGCACCGUCAACCACGCCGCUCCGGCGCUGGUCUUCUCCAUAGCCGGAUUCACCGGCAACCUCUUCCACGACUUCACCGACGUGCUCGUCCCCCUCUUUAUCUCCGCUUACCAAUUCCGCGGCGAGGUCCAGUUCGUGAUCCCGGAGCACAAGUCCUGGUGGGUGAGCAAGUUUGCCCUAAUUUUUAAGCAGCUCUCCAACUACGAAAUCAUCGACGCCGACAACGACGACCGAGGCGCUAUCCACUGCUUCCCGCGGGUAAUCGUGGGAUUAAGCUUCCACAAGGAGCUCAGCGCGGAUCCGGCCAGGACGCCGACGGGGUAUGGAAUGGCGGAGUUCAAGGCGAUGCUUCGGAAGGCUUACGGCCUGGAACGCCCGAGGGCGGUGCCGUCGGGAGACCAGUGGGACAUCCGGCGGAAGCCGAGGCUGCUGAUCAUCACGCGGAAGAAAACUAGGGUUUUCCUGAACGAGCGGGGGAUGACGGACAUGGCGAUGAGUCUAGGAUUCGACGUGCGCGUAGCGGAGCCUGACAUGAGCACCGACCUGUCCAAGUUCGCGCGGCUGGUGAACUCCGCCGACGUGAUGAUCGGCGUCCACGGCGCCGGGCUCACCAACAUGGUGUUCCUCCCCGACGGCGCGGUGCUGAUCCAGGUGGUGCCGUUCGGGGGGCUGGACUGGCUCGCCAGGGAGACCUUCAAGGAGCCGUCGCCGGCGAUGGGGAUCAACUACCUGGACUACCACAUCAAGGCAGACGAGAGCACGAUCGGCGAGCAGUACGCGGCGGACGACCCUGUGAUCAAGAAUCCAUCCGCCGUGCACAAGCGGGGGUGGAAUGAGAUCAGUCGGAUCUACCUGGAGAACCAGAACGUGAGGCCGCACCUCGGCCGGCUGCGGAAGACGCUGUUGGAGGCGCUUAACCACCUGCCUCACGGCCGCCAUGGAAGAGGAUGAUCAAACCAAUGGAUUGCAGUAAACUGAUCGAUUGAUCUCCCUCCUCCUAUUCUUGUUCUUGUUCCUUCUUUUUUCUUCACAUUGAUCUCUGCAUUCAUUUUUGGUUCUUGUAAGAAAAAUUCAUACAAGUGUGCGAUUAGAUUCACAAUAACAGUCCAAACCAAAUCCAUCAGUGUAAAUUUCCUAGUUAAUCUUUAUGA